GCGGGGGAGCGUUGGACGAAGAUGGGGAAAUGUGGGCAAGCUUAGGGAUCUCUUCAACCCAGCUCAUCACGUGCCAUCACUACAUCUAUUGAGACCCCGCCCACAUCUUUACACUGGAGCUUAUCAAUCAGUUCUCUUAAUUUGACUUCCCAACAUAUCAAGACUGUCCAUUAGUGAUAAGACCUCAGUUUCUCAAUUCGAUACGGACUUUGGGUCAACUAUCCUCAUCAAUUAUCAUUGACUGUUGCUGAUAACUUGACGAGACAAAAAGCAAAGCAUGAGUAUCCCAGCGCUUCUCCAGGAGUAUAUUCAUGACCUCAGCUACUAUGAAUCAGUCUACAAAGAUCUUCAUCAAAAUCCUGGAUUAUCACUCCAGGAGCAUCUAGCCUCGGAGACUGCUGCUAAGGAACUCCGAAAGCUCUCCAAUUUUGAAGUCCGUACAAAUAUCGGAGGCACCGGCCUCAUUGGAAUUCUGAAGAACUCUUCUGGGCCUACUGUUCUCCUUCGAGCGGAUAUUGAUGCAUUGCCCGUCAAGGAACUGACUGGCCUACCAUAUGCUAGCAAGAAGAGAGAAGUUGAUGGUGCAGAUGGCAUUGAAAAGGAUGUAAUGCACGCUUGCGGACAUGAUAUGCAUAUAGCAUGUAUGUUAGCCGCUGCAGAAACAUUAUCAAAGGCAAAAUCAGCUUGGAAAGGCACAUUGGUGAUAUUGUUCCAGCCAAAUGAGGAGCGAGGUGCAGGAGCGAAAGCUAUGAUAGAAGAUGGACUUUAUGAUCCUGAAAGACACGCAUGUCCUAUCCCGGAUGUGGUAUUAGGACAGCAUGUGAUGCCACUUGCAGCGGGACAAGUGGGAACACGAACAGGAAUCUCUGGAUCUGCUGCAGACAGUUUCCGAGUGACAGUUUAUGGGAAGGGUGGGCAUGCAUCACAGCCACAUAUGACGAUCGAUCCGGUGUUUAUGGCUGCUAAUAUUGUCGUACGAUUACAAGGUAUCAUCAGCAGAGAAGUAAACCCUCAAGAUUCGGCUGUAAUAACAGUAGGAAGCGUUGUUGCAGGGAUGACGGAGAACAUCAUUGCUGAUGAAGCUGUGUUGAAGAUUAAUGUGAGAAAUUUUAACCCCGAAACAAGGGAAAGGGUUUUGAAAUCGAUCAGAAGGAUCGUGAAAGCAGAAUGCGAUGCUUCAAAUGCUACAAAAGAACCACUAUUCGAGCCGACGAGCAAUUUCCCAUUCUUGGUUAACAAUGAUGACAUCACACAAAAGCUAUCACAUACCUUCGACGACGUGUUCGGGGAAAACCAUAAUCAAAGUUGUGCACCUUUGGGUGGAUCGGAAGAUUUUGGAACCUUGGCAACAGAAGCACCUAACAAAGAGGGUGGAAAAGGUGUACCCUCUUGUUAUUGGCUCUUUGGUGGUACAGAUCCUGAAGUUAUUAGGAAAGCUAAGGAAGCUGGAAGGAUGGAAGAUGUACCAAUCAAUCACAGUCCGUUGUUUGCGCCGGUGAUACAGCCAACACUCAGGACCGGAGUGGAAGCUCUGGUUGCAGGCGCGUUGACGUUUUUGAAAAGUUGAGAAGAAGACGUUGAUAAACUCCUAAAGAUAUACGUUAAGAUCAAGUAGAAUACCAUGAUAAGUCAAGUAAACCAGAAGAUUGUCUUUCGAGUUUAUUGACUCACCAAUGAGCCCAUCCCUCACUUUCAUCGAUAGAGCGACGGUAAUAUUAGCGCAAAGCGAACACUCGUUUAUAAGUCCAAGAUAACCACACCCUAGAGAAUAUGAAGUGCGAUUUGCCCAGUGGUGAUAACUCUGGUUGGAACUCACGUAUGCUCCACAGGAUUGACGUGGUAGUCAUGCGUUGCGUUUCCCGGCGCAGCUCGCUAUACGACCUCCUCAUUACCAUGCCUUGGCCGGUUCAUUUUUUUCUUCUAACCUUGUUGCUAAAUUUUUGAUACCCCAAGCUUUUGGGGGGCAUUGUGUUGGAGAAGUUACUUAUGAAGCAUUCUCCAUGUCUUGCUGCUCCAAAGAUAUUCACUCUCGUUAAAAAAAAUUGGACCUUGCGAAGGUCUGGUUGGAAAUUUCAUCCACAAGAACUUUUAGGUCAUGUCUUUGUUUACACCCUUAUAACCGCCGUUGCAUCUAAAGCACCGUCAAACUGACAACCUUUAAUUACUUUAAUCAUGGCAGCCGGCUCGUCAUCUCUCAAGUGGCGCUCUCAAGCAAGUUUGAACACCCUUAAUUUAGCUCUUUAGGAUGGGAUGUACAAAAUACUCCGCAGCCUCGAAUAGAGGCCAAGGACGCAUCUAUUCUGGAGUACAUUCUAAUGUGCAGACCCCAAAACUUAAGAGUGUAUACACGACCUCUGGUAAGUUCGUAUUAGUUUUCAUGGUAUCUGAUAGCCCGGACCACAGUCGAACAAUGAAAGACUUUUUAUCAUUCAGAAUUUAUGAGAUAUCGAAAUACUUCUACAUGUUGAUGGAGUUCAAGAAAUCGCAUCUCAACAUCACACAACCCGAAUUUUGAAUUGCAGCCUCGACAAUUGAUGUCACCCUAUCAAGAUCACCGUUUUUCGACAAAGGUCCACCCGAGGACGUCGUGCAAUUCUUCCAAUCCUUCACUGUCGCAAACAAGCGGUCACCUCCGACUACGACUAAAGUUCGAACCAAGAAAUUUGCCCUCGUCAAAUCUAAACAAACUUUGUACGGAGUCCAGAAACAAAAGACGGAAAAGCCAGCGAAGGCUACGAGUAUCAAGAACUAUAUCCUUCUCUUGAAAAGUGAGGAGAAAUAAGGAUUCUCGUUGGGCUUUGACGGCCAACCGCCGUUCAUUCGCUUACCUGUCGCGCUUCUUCUCAAUUCCUCUGCUACCUUCAAGCGUCUCGUGAAAGUCAAGCGCCAGAGACUUGUCGAUGACAGAUAAGAUCAAGUCUGUUACAAUCCAAGAAAUACCCAGCUUAAGAAGGCACACAUCACCAAAUACACCGUAUACGUUGAAGCUUUGGUUGAAGGAACUUGGGCGAAGAGGCAAUUGGAGUAUGCCGAAUUGGCAGCAUUGGGAAAGGAAGUGAUCUGGGAUCUUUCGAUGCGGAGCAACUUCGUGAGAUGAUUGUCGGGUUCUAGCCAAGAAGAAGAGGGUAGAGAAGUGAGUGAGGGAUAUUUGAUUAAUCUUGCUAUUCUAAACAAGUUCCUGAAUUUUGAAGGAGAUAUUUUCCGAAAGGUUGAGGAAGGUUGAACACGGGAAAGUCCAAUGAAGUUAAGGAAGAUCAACACGGAAAUCAAGGCCGCAUCUUCUACAUACUCAUAAUCUAAGAAGAGGCAGAACAUUAAACGGGUAAUUCUUCUCACCGCCGUAUGCAUCUUUGAAUAUAUUCCGACUGCCGAUUCAUCGUUGUCUGCAAGAGCACGGCUAUAUGCUCAUUCAGAAAGUUAUUAGUACGCGAAUCAAAGUAUCAUCAACAAAUUGCGUCAGCAGCUACUACUAGCAAAAUUUUAGUGUCUGCGAAAAUUCUGAUCCGGAAUAGAGAGGUGUUUUAGGGGCGUGAUCUUUAUUGGGACUUCAGGUUGCGGUACACUUGAAGCUUUCAACGUAUGGGUCCAAUUGAAAUAUUUCAAUGACUUGAGAUAUCA